GUCUGUCUUUGUCGAGGUGAUCAUGGCAAACCCACAAUUAUGCUUGAAGUUGUAGCUUCACAAGACUUGUGGAUUUGGCAUGCUUUUUUUGGCACCGCAGGUUCAAAUAAUGACAUUAAUGUGUUGAAUGCUUCGAAUGUGUUUAAUGACGUUUUGUCAGGACAAGCUCCUGCUGUACAAUACAUAGUAAAUAGAACCCAAUAUAAUAUAGGUUAUUAUCUUGCUGAUGAUAUUUAUCCUGAGUGGGCUACAUUUGUGAAGACCAUCCCUAUGCCACAAGGAGAAAAGAGAAAAUUAUUUGCCGAACGACAAGAAUCGGCAAGAAAAGAUGUAGAGCGAGCAUUUGGAGUAUUGCAAUCUCGAUUUGCAAUUGUGCGUGGACCGGCACGUGCUUGGCGUGUUGAUACAUUGAAGAAUAUCAUGUAUGCAUGCAUCAUACUACAUAACAUGAUAGUUGAAGAUGAAAGACACACGUACAAUAUUAAUUUUGAUUAUGAUAAUGGUGGUAACGAAGUCUCAACUACCGAUAUAUCUAUUGGUCUUCAUCCUAUUUUUGCUGCAACAUACUUACAAAGGAGGGCACAUCUUCGUGAUAGACAGCAACACCGACAACUACAACACGACUUGGUGGAACAUAUUUGGGAACGAUUUGGACAUCAUAAUAACGAAAAUUAG